GGAACAUUUAGGUUAGGGCACUCUUUCUGCUUCUUCGACAGUCAGUCGACGGUAGUACCGCUGCUGCUUCUUCACUGCCAAAGGUUGCUGUUUGAUUUCGAGAGUUUGUAUUCGAUUAAUUCAAGGCUGUAGAAGCUGAUACCAUGUCAGGCAGGAAAGAAACGGUCUUGGAUUUGGCAAAGUUUGUGGACAAGGGUGUUCAGGUCAAGCUUACUGGUGGUAGACAAGUGACGGGAACCCUAAAGGGAUAUGAUCAGUUGCUGAAUCUUGUUCUGGAUGAAGCUGUAGAAUUUCUAAGAGAUCCAGAUGACCCAUUGAAGACUACUGAUCAGACCAGGCGUCUCGGCCUGAUAGUUUGUAGGGGAACUGCUGUUAUGCUUGUUUCGCCAACUGAUGGUACAGAUGAGAUUGCCAACCCUUUCAUCCAACCAGAAGGAGCCUAGAUGAUUCUUCCAUAAUGUUUUCUGUUCAAUGACUGCUAUCUUAAGCCGGAGUGCAAAAUUUUACGUGUUGGCCCGGCAUUUAUUUAUGUCUGAAAACUACCUUGUUGCGUAUGAAAUGCAAACUUUGGAUCUUGAAACUUGAAUCAUCGUCCAUGUAGUGAAAUGUGACAGACAGUGACUCCUUUUGUUUGUUUCGUUUCAAUAGAAUGCUUGUUUUAUAUGUGAUUCAAUGCACAUGGGUUAUUUAUUCUUCUUAUUGAGUAGGGUGGUACUCUUGGAAGUAAUUUUUUUAUAUAAUUUUUAUAUGUCAUGAAAUGAAUAAAUGUAUUUAAUAUUA